CGUUCGACAAAUAAAAAGACCAUGUAAACUUGUUUGCUUGUACCUCGGUCAAUUCGUACCUCAUAAUGAGAUAAAGGUGACGGAGUCAGUCAAGGUUUGCCGAAUGGUGACGGAAUCGGGCGAUGUUUGAUGAAUGGUGUUGGAAUAGAUAACAGACAAGUGUCUCUCAAUGACGGAAUGAGGUCGCUUACUACACAAGUUUAUCCUGUAGGAGGAAAACUAUUAAAAGAAUGCCGACUUAACGACAGACAUUUAACUUUACUGAAUGUAUUACCACUUCGUUAUAAUUCAGAUAAAGGUGAAGGGACUGCCAGAACUAAGAACGGUUCUACAGAAUCCCCUACAACGAAGGCUGAACCAAAUAAGAUGAAAAAAUACAGAAAGAUUCUUGGUGGCGGAUUCUUAGUGGGCGUAGGAGCGGCGAUCGGUGCACCUGCCUUGUUGCACGCGAUGGGGUUCAAAAGUACAGGAGUGGCUGCAGGGUCUUUGGGGGCGUGGUUAAUGUCUGUGGGAGCCACGGGACUGAGUGGAGGGGCACUGUUAACUAUAGGAUCGAUAGCGGGCGGAUCUUAUGUUGUAAUGAAGUUGCGAAAAUCAAAGAAAAAAAAUAUUUAAGGACACUUAGUAAAUAUUUCUUAUUUAACAUGUUUGUCAGUAUUCAGUUUUUCUAGGGAAAAAAGAUAAAAUGAAGUAGGUCAUUGUUUUAUACGAGACCUGUUCAUUGAGGGAUGCCGGCAGAGUGCGGUUCCACUGU